UCGUGUGCAAAAUACUGCGUGGAAUUAUGUAUAUAAAUAGGGAUGAAACAUGAAGUGGAAUAACAAACUGGAUCGUCAAAAUGAAGACCACUCUCCUGUUAAUCGCAACGGUAGCUCUUGCUACCCCAUCGCUAGCCGCUGACUGGACGGAUCUCACGGUGAAGUGGAGUGCACUUGACCUUUUCCGCUUAGACAGCUGGUAUGGAAUACCAACAACAAAAUCGGCGGCAAGAAAAGAAGAUUGGGUUGAGCUACCAGAAGGUUCUGUAUAUGAUGGCACAACCACGUACUGUCUGAAAGAUGACCAUCACUUCUGCACUCUGCUCGACAAUCACGGCAACAUUGCUGGAUUUCAGUUUGCAUUGACCAAAACCGAGGUCGAAAAGGAGCAGGCAUUCUAUGACAUGUCAGCUAUCGCCAUGUACGAAGAGAAGACGCUGUUUGGCAAACCAUGCUGGACCGUCACUAUUCUAACGGUAUCGCCUGAUACCGUCAAAGCUGGUGGUCGCUCGAAGACAAGUAACGUGCUUGGCACUGACGGAAUUUGGAUCGUAACCAAAGACGGAUACAUGCCAAUUGCCAGAAAUGUCGAGGAUUUGGAUCCUGCUUGGACUAAGGAAGCUUGUAUACCUCAAAUGGGUACCCACUAUUACUAUGAUAUGAGCCCAACUACGGCUUGCAAGAAUUUCCAGCCGAUCUUCUUGUUGUAUGACGGUGGUGUGCUUAGUGGCGUUGGAUAUCAGGCAUUUGGAAAAACGAAACGUGUACACCGUCAGUGGUACGAGCAGGUUCCGGCUAUAGCUAUCAGGCCCACAAUCCCCACCACACCUCAAUGUCUGGUAGACUGGGCUGGGGAAUAUGAGGUGAUCUCCAUGCACGCUUAUUUCAAUCAUAAACCAUGGACUGUAAGAUGUUAAAUCAACCAUGUACAAAUAUUAUGUUGCAAUAAAACGCAAAGCGUAUUCAAUCAUA